GGGCGCGGGCGCUGCGGUGUGCCAAGCCCCCAUGUGAGCCGGCGGUGCCCCCGGCCCGAGCGCGCACCAUGGGGGCCCCGCUCGCCGGGGCGCUGGGCGCCCUUCACUACCUGGCACUUUUCCUGCAACUCGGAGGCGCCACGCGAGCCGCCGGUCGCGCGCCCUGGGACAACCACGUCUCCGGCCACGCCCUGUUCACAGAGACGCCCCACGACAUGACAGCACGGACAGGCGAGGAUGUGGAGCUGGCUUGCUCCUUCCGGGGCAGCGGCUCCCCCUCCUACUCGCUGGAGAUCCAGUGGUGGUACGUGCGGAGCCAUCGCGACUGGACCGACAAGCAAGCGUGGGCCUCCAACCAGCUAAAGGCAUCUCAGCAGGAGGACACAGGGAAGGACGCCACCAAAAUAAGUGUGGUCAAGGUCGUGGGCAGCAACAUCUCCCACAAGCUGCGCCUGUCCCGGGUGAAGCCCACAGACGAAGGCACCUAUGAGUGCCGUGUCAUCGACUUCAGUGAUGGCAAGGCCCGGCAUCACAAGGUCAAGGCCUACCUGCGGGUGCAGCCAGGCGAGAACUCGGUCCUGCACCUGCCUGAAGCCCCUCCUGCCGCGCCCGCCCCACCGCCCCCAAAGCCGGGCAAGGAGCUAAGAAAGCGCUCGGUGGACCAGGAGGCCUGUAGCCUCUAGCCUGACACCUGCCCCACCCCGCCUCGCCCCAUCCUGGAGUGCAAGAGGCGCUGCUGGACCGUGGGGACGGGGCUGUCUGCGGCCAGCCAGCCACUUCCCUAGCCCCCAGGCUGCCCUCCGCGCCCUCCAUCCUUGCUCAGCAUGUAAGCUCCCACCCCUUCCCCCACCCUUCCCAGCCCUGCAGGGACCUGGUUCAGCUGGGAGGAGGUGGUCCUGGGCUCCCGGGAGCAGCCACUCUGGAUGCUGGCAAGGUGAGGCAGGGGGUGGGGACCAUACCGGAGCCCUGGAUGCCCGCCUCCUUCUGCUGCCAGCUUCCGUGGAGUCCCAUGUUUUGCUUUACCUGCUUGUCUCCUGUCCUGUCCUGAGCUGCCGCUGUCACCACCGGAGCCUCCCAGCCAAGCCCCCUCCUUCCUGAGGUUUCCCGUUCUGAUCUGGGAGUGACCCCUCCCUGUAUUUGGACUUGAAUUUUCUGAGCAGAGCUAGGGCCCCUCCCUGGGUGGAGAGCUGGGGACGGUAGCCCCUUAGCAGGGUCGCUCACAGGGGUCCUGGGAGGGGAGCCCCAUGUGCCACUGCCUCCGGCCGGGUUGUCCUGCUCGGCCUGACAGCUUGCUCUCAGACCCUCUCCUCCCCUCCUGCCCCAGGGAGAGGGGAACCAGGCAUCUCUGACCCUCCCCUGCCAGCUCCAUGCAGAGAUUUGCACCAGCAGGACCCCUGCGAGGGUCUCUGAGGCUCCCUUAGGAGCCCCCUCUGCCAGCCCUCUUGGGACCCGUGCCCAGCACCCUGGAGGGGCUGGGGCUGUUGGGAGUCCAGAGCUCCCCAGAGCUGCCCGUCUACCAGUUCCCCUCCAUUCCCCUUGAGGGACACCUGCCCCUACUGACUUGUAAAUAUUUCUUUGGGGCUCAAACCUCUGGCCAGCCUCUCGAGGAUGGAGUGGGGCCUGGGGUAGAGGGAGGGCUUUG